UCCAUGCACACUGGAACGAAUUUAAACACAGCUGGUGCAUAUGAAUGAAGCCUUACUCAUCUCCGACUACUCGUAUUUUUACUCGUCACUAUAUAAGACCAAAAUCGCGCCACCUCCAUCACUUCUCAUUCAUUUUUCGAUCCAUUUCGAAACCGAAAACCCUCUUCUUCCUCGCUCCGACUUCCGAAAUCGUAACCGAAUCGGAUUCAGCUGAGAAUAUGGCACAGCUCGAAGAAGAAAAAGCGCGGCGGCGGCGGGAGCGGUCGCCGGAGCAAGGGAAGAACACAGUCCAAAGAUCACGCUUCUCAAUUCGGCGCCGACGAUUACGAUCAGCUCUCCGAAGAUAUUACCGCAUUAUGCGCAAUUUUCGAAGAAGACUGCAAGGUUCUUCCAGGAUCGCCUCCUCGUGUAGUUAUUAAGCUCAGUGUUUGCACUUUUUUAUUUUUUCUCUUCUUAUGUUAUAAGAUAUAGAAAGACUAGAUAGUCUAUGCUGUUGGGAAAUUUGAGGGGAGCAAAUAUGGGGAGAUUUACACAUAAACUUGACAUUAUACUUUAAUCCAAAUUUUAAGACUCAGAUUUAUGGAUCUUUUCUUCACUUAUUUAUAUGGUGUUCAAUUUUUCUAUUUUUAGUAGACUUUACCUCAAACUUCUAUUCUAACAUAUGCAUAAUAUAGUGUAAGUCAUCCAAUCACAAUAAAUUUAAUGAC